UGCGUUUUGGGGCCGUUGACCCUCGGCUCGCUGUUUGGACAGUCAGACUGUUUGACGGAGUUCGUCUGGACGGGGAGACACACGAAGGAGCAGAGACACAAUCGCUAUGACAACAACUGAAUACCACGACAUUGAAGAUGACAGCAGCUCCUUUUGGAACAAAGAGCCUGUAUCUGUCUCUCUCUCAGCUGUCUCCAGGUUCAGACGCUGGUUGUUUCCUGCUCUGGCAGCUACAUUCAUCCUGAUUCUGAUCAUAGCACUGGGAGCUAGCAACACAAAGACCUCCAACCGACUGUGGUCCGUGGAGAAAAGUGUUUCCAACCUGACUGGAUCGCUGAGCGCCGCCCAGCAGCUCACCAAAGACGCAGCCAAAGACGUUCACCGCCUCAAGUUCUCUGUGGAGAGCAACAAGGAACAGCUGGGCUCAGUGGCCGAGGCGCUGAAUCAGCUGGCAGUCGUCGACUCUAUCAGCCGGGCGGUCGCCUCGCUGAAAUGUUCCCUCGAACAGUUAAUCAGAAACGCCACAGCAGUGGAGGGCUGUUGUCCUCUGGAUUGGGUGAUGUUUGGCUCCAGCUGUUAUUUGUUCAGCAGGACGUCUUCGUCCUGGCACGACGCCAGAGACUGGUGCAACGGACACGAAUCCCACCUGGUCAUCCUCCUCACCGACGAGGACUGGGAUUUUGUGAUUCGUCACGCUGCUGGAACCUUCUACUGGGUGGGUCUGACUGAUGAGAAAGGAGAGUGGGAGUGGGUCAACAACACGCCGUACAUCAUGAACCGAAGGCGCUGGAACCCCGGUCAGCCCGACAGCUGGACCGCUCACGGUCUUGGCGCCGGAGACGAAGACUGCGCUCACAUUCACAGCAGCGGACGCCUCAACGACCUGCACUGCUCCUCAGGAUGCGCUACGUCUGCCAGAAACACAGCCAGCGCAGCUGAAAGACUCUAAAAGGGGCCUAAACCCUGAACUAAUGACAAACGCCAUGAAAGUAGUGACCUGAUCAUUUAUUUAACUUGUGAAGAGUAUCGUAGGGAACCAUCCACGUUAUCUUUUUGGGACAAUUUGUUAAAAAGAAAUUUCUGAUCUAGAAACUUUUUUUCUUCUAAACUUUUUCAGAUUUUGUUUUCUGAUGUAGAAACCUUUCUGAGGACCAGGAGGGCUGUAAUGUGUAACUUCCUGUUGUUGUUUUGGGGGUAAAGUUUAGGCCCCUGGUACCUUCAUCCACCAGCCCUCAUCAAACACCAGAUGUGGAUUCAUCCGCCGCUGAAAAUAGUCCCUAAAAGUCUCCAUCUCUUCCUGUUUGUCAAAGGCGACCAAAACGUUGAAUAAACUGGCCCAAAAAACCUUGAAA